AGCAGAGCCGUCGUGAUUUCACUUGAGACAGACAGACAGAGGGAGCGGGCGAGAGAGCGAGAGCGAGCGAGAGAGAGAGAGGGAUAGACAUAGAGCACACUUGUUGACCACGGGAUUCAUGGUGGAUUUGGCCGGUUCUCUCAACCAUUGUGGGACACCUGGCUCGCUUUCACGUUGAGAAAGGGCAGGUCGACUGUUGCGGAUCCCCUUCCUUGAUUGCUUCACAGGUGGAGCAGAGGGACGGGAGGGCUCGAGAGGCGAACGGGGCCGGGAGGGCGCACGAUUGGGGUUUCUACGAGGGCAGGUUGGACGGGGACGGCGAGUGAGGACCAGUUGUUUGUGGCACGUCCAGUAUCUCCUUUAUCCAUUCCGGUCGUCGCUAUUUCCUCUCGGGUCGCCUCGACGCUUUGGGUGGUGUGACGUCUUCGUCGGGGGUAGUCUCGGGAACAGUCGAGUGAGUGAGAGCGCGAGAGUGAGUCGGUGAGUGAGUGCUAGAUGGGGAUCGGCUGACAUGGAAACUUGGUUCGAUGAGAAGGAAAUGGUAGGCUGAGGUGUACGCCGUGUGCAAUGUCGUCCCUGUGUUGUGCACGAAUGGUGGCUGUACCUAGAUCGAAGGAGCUCGGAUCAGAGGAUGAGUGGUUGAUGAUAACUUCUACGGGCCGGUACAAGAGAUGGAGCUCGUUGAUGGGAUCGUAAAGCGGAAGUGGCUGUAGAGUGUCUUGGUACUGUCUUUUUGUUACAUGUGUUGUUUGGAGGCCAGUACACGGUCAGGGUUGGUUUAAUUUCACGGUGAGCUCCUUAAAGGACUAGACAACGGAGUGCCUGCGGGCCGGGCAAGUGGUGAGACCUAGUUUGCUCACCAGAGGAGAGGACAUUGUGAGGAUACGAUGCCGGUAUGGGUCAUUCUUUUGGUGGCCGGAGUUCUCAUAGUCGCAGCGUUUGUCCUUGUGAUUGCUAUUCAUAUUCUGGACGUACACGCUGAACAGCAAUGUGCCCACCUUCAUGAUCUCACUCAGCGCUCCUUGCAGCAAAACCAAAUUCCCAGUCCUUAUCAGUACCGUGGUGGAGAACCGCAACUUUGUUGCGUUUGUGGCAGUGUGCGAUUUCGUCGUUCUCAGACAAGUAGUGGAAACAACUCGUUAUCACGAUCGAAAAGCAGUUCUAGAACAGGAUCGGCCGGGGGCCUCUUGCAGCCACUAGUGGAUGCAGCCUGUGGGAAGACGUCUUUGGGUUCGGGAUCUAUAGAAUGCUUAUCUGGACUCUCUAGUAGACGACACGGAAUGGCGAGUGGUCUGCAAGGGGGUUGGUUCAAUGCUCGCAAUCUCUUCAAGAAAUCUUCAGGCAGUCGGGAGUCCCAGAAAAAAUCAGAUGCAGAAACUACACAAGAUUCUGUGUCGCUGGCAGCCGCAGCGUCUUCAGCGUCUUCGGGGAGCUCGAGUUCAGCUGCAGCUUUCGCUUCCGCUAGUCGGACUGUAGGGGGAUCUGGUUCUAGUUCUAUGACCACAAUCACAGCAACAAUUACAACCACUAGCGCUCCUUCGAGUAUUUCUCCGUCUACAAAUGCUGGAACACAGGCUUCGGGUAGUCAUGGAACUGACGAAGCGACUUACAAGCCAGCUUCUCAACGAAGACUCGUGCUAGAAAUUCUGAUGUCUCCAUCAGGCACACUUGAUGGUCAAGGAGGUUCUAUACCCCGGGCCACGGGAGUAAGACUAAAAUUAGAGACGAAUGCUAGUUUAGAAAGCCUGGCAAGCCUUGCGGCUGCAGCGUCCUCUGGUGUGGCUAGUUCUCACCAGCCUCCGGAAGCAGACUCGGAAGCAGGUCUCUCUACAGCGGGGAUUUCUACAGCAGCAGCGUCCGCCUGCUGUCCAGUGCCUGCAGUUGAUUUAAACGUCAGCAAGGAGGGUAGUUUUCCAGGAGGAUACGGUUCCUCGUGUAGGGCCUCUGGUACAGUUGUCAAAUCAGGCAACGUCCAGGCAGGACUUGCAGCCUCGGUGAAAGCAGAUGGGCUGAAGAAUGAAUCACACUGUCAAGGAUCUAAUACAGCUGUCUGCAUUUCUGCUACGGCAGCCAAGAUCAGUGUCCAAGGCGACGAAGUUUAUUCCGAGAUCUUUAGUGGAUCUUCAGCAGAUUCAUCAAUUUGCGUGAGUUCGCUCGACAAAAACGGGGCUGACUGCGGAUUAUUCAGCAGUUCGGUUUUGGGCACCACCUCUUCUGGAACUGCUAGCCUAGCAUCUGCAGCUGCAUGUAAAAGUAAGCAAAGCAUGCAAGCGGUAGCCAUUGCCGCGAAUUCGAAGGCGAAAUCCAAGAGUGGAACAUGUAGCUCUGGUACAGAUGUCUGCCCGCUUGCUGCGUUGGUGUCAGGAGGCGGACCCUCUAGUUCAAAUGCCAAUAUUGCGAAGGGUACUUAUCAUCAGGCUUCUUUUAAUUCGUCCUUAGAUGGUUUGGGCUCAUUGCGUAUAAGUGUUCUCGAUGGGGGUGCAAAGGGAAAGUCAAUGAGAGAAUGUUCGAAGGGCGUGACAGCGGAAAUCGCUUCGGCACUCGCUGCCCUUAAUGUCGAGUCCAUCGGAGGAAAAGGCGUUGGGAUGAGCUCAACUCUUGGAGUGGGGAACGUUCCGGCAGAUGGACCUACGAAGGGGGAUAAAGUUGAUGUACAGCAAGAAGAUGAAGUACCCGGAGACGGAAGUGGAUCUGAACAAAUCGUUGAAGAGGGGGAUGAACAUCAACCUGCUAUACACGCCAAAGGAGACGGACCUGAGGAGGAUGAGGUUGAUGGGGCGAAGAAGGAAAAAAGGAAAAAGAAGAACAGGGUAAGGAGACAGAAAGCCAAGGCUGCAGCUGUUGCGGCUGCAGCAGCCAGCGUAGAAGCUCAGGACCGGCAUUCUCACGAAAAACAGUCAACAGAAUGUGGGGAGAAAACAGGUACGGCUUUGGAGGUUGAAGUCGGUUGCAUAUGUGGAACCCCUAAGGGUUCCUGUCACUCCAUUGGUUGCCCAUACCCGUUUACUUCGUCAGGCAGCAUGGUACAACGCAAGAUAAAGGAGCAGUACGACGAACUUGUGAGAUCGAAUGUGGCGAAGUCGUUGACGCUUGCCCAGGUGGGUCGCUUCACGACAUGUCUAGUGGAGGCCAAAUCAUCUUUGCAACAAAAAUCCGACACUAUUCAGCGGAGAUUUACAAUCGCGAAGUCUUUACUUUCCAAAGCUGAUAAGUCCUCAUUUGAUCGACUUUGUGGUCAGAUUUACGGUUUGGAGAUAGAGCAAAAGAAGCUCGAAGAAGAUACGGUAGUGUACAAUCGCCUGCAAGAGCAACUGAAGCUCUCACCAGCUUAUCAAAAGAUGCUUGAAUACGGAAGGACCCAUUUUGAAUUACAACCAAAUACAGGGCAAUUAAUAGAGAAAGUGGACAGCGAGGAUAUGGAGAUUUCUUUCGAAGAGUUACUUGCUCAGGAAAAGAAGGAUUCGUUUUGGCAAAAGCACGGGCCCUCGAGAUCUUCUGUUCAGGUCAGCUGAGAAUGGAGGUAUUACUAUGAGGGCUAGCGCAGAUGUGGCACACAAGCGUUUGGAGAGUGUGACUUUGAAGACAUUCCUUCAAUUUCCACUUUUCAGGGGUUAUCGUUGCCGGGAUUCAAUGGCCGGUGAUAUGGUUUACCGUGGUAUGUUAUCCCGAGAACUUAUUGAAAUGAUGGCGCUUUUUAUCCUUACCUUGCUACCUGGAGCUACUGACCAAGUUUUGACACAGCUGUCCUCAUUCUCUUCAUCUUUCUGGGUAAUGGACGAUUGUGACCCAGUUGGGUCUCCGGCACUUCCAAUGAUCCCCUGUACAUUUAGCACGGAAGAGUACCAACUGGUAUGGGAUCCGAUUUUUUUCAACGACACGUUAAGUCACUCGGGUUCUUUCUCCUCUUUGGCUUUUAUACAUUCGAAAAGCAUUCGCAUGAUCCCUGGAAAUGGACGAACCAAGUGCUUUCUUAGUAGUGCCUUCUGUUUAUACCACAUAUGGGUAGUAGUUCAAGGAGAUCAGCUCUCAUUUCUUGUCCAUGCUGCGCCAGUUACUUCGUUUAUGCUGGCGUCGGGCCUGUAUAUUACGGCAAGUACCGCCUCUGUAGGAAUGUUCUUUCUCUUUGUCUACUCGGGUAGCUCAUUGGCAUCGAGGAGAUUGUUCCAAGAGAAUAUAGAGGCGGCGGCUACACGACCAUGACAAGUAGACGAUUUCCAAAUCUGAUUCUUUCUUAAGAGCUUGUUUCAAGAGCUAUUUUCAGGAAACGUUUCUUUUAGAUCUGUGCAUCGACUCUGCAGCACGCCGAGAGCUGCAGUCUGCUCGUGCUUAAAGAGAUAGAAACUAUGAGACGAUGCCCGUUCUCUUACUUCUAGAUGAUACGCUGCAAAAGGUUCAAGUGUUUAGAAUCAGUGAAAAAGUUUAGGACAGAUUUGGAUUGGUGAAUUUGGUUUUCUUCAUCAUUCAUUCUGCAACAAUUCAGUGCACACAUAGUUGCUGAAAGUAAGGUGGGUCUAUGGAUAAAUUUCCUAGGAUGAUUGUCAUUAACUACAUGUCGAUUGUCAUAAGCUCCUCUUCCGUCUGUUGCCGAAUUUUUCUAUGAUGCCAAGCUCAUGGCUGUAAGAAAGCCCCGGCCACGUAAUCAUCGGAACUUGUUCGCUUUUACCAACUUCGAAUGUAACAGCCGCAACUUUUUGAGUGCAAGGUGCUAUAGGAAAAGUGGAGAGUAGACUGGUUUCUUAACUCGCUCAUCUCUGAGUGACAAAAUCUGUGUAGGCUGUGGCUGUUGUCCCUGGUACUACUGUUACUUUUUGUUGGUCUUGGUGGAAAAGAAAGAUGAGUCAUUUUGGAGUCCU